CAAGGUGAGUUCCCCCUGGAGCUUGUCACCACGUCACCUGACAUUCCAUGUGCUGUACGCGAUGUCUUUAUGAGUUAUGUGCCUGGGAUCUGGGAAGCUGUGGUCACCGAUGACGCUAUGAGUGUGCGCAGACUCAUCAAUGAAUGGUGUCGGGUUGAUGUCCAGAAGAAUGGCAAAACUUUACUGCAGAUGGCCUUAGAAAUGGGCACUGAAAACAUUAUACGAGUUGUUAGUGGGAUCCGGCCAUCCAUG